GGGUCCUAAGUUUGGAAAUCCGUCUCCCUCGUCGAGAUCCUGCCAUGCACCUGCGAUUGAGAUACGGCCAUUGCACCUGAUAUACCUCCUGAUACUCUCCCUGGCAGACUCGAACAAAUGGGCAAAUGGCGAUACGGAGUCAUUCUCGAUGCCGGAUCAUCUGGCACCCGAGUGCAUAUUUACCGAUGGCUCAACACGCAAAGAGCAAGGAAGGAAGGCACGGAGGUUGAGCUCAACAGCCUGCCCGAGCUGGAAACAAAGAAGAAGUGGACUUUGAAGAUUCACCCUGGUGUCUCGACAUUCGGAGAGAAGCCAGAAGCUGUUGGACCCGACCACCUUAAGCAGCUCGUCGACCAUGCCCUCGAAUACAUCCCCGAUGAUCAAGUACAAGACACGCCCAUCUUCCUCCUUGCCACAGCAGGAAUGCGCCUCCUGCCCGACAUUCAACGCAACCAAGUCCUCGACAACAUCUGCUCCUACCUACAACGAAACACACAAUUUCAACUCCCAGAUUGCGGUCUACACAUUCAGGUCAUUCCAGGAGAAACAGAAGGAUUAUACGGAUGGAUCGCUGCAAAUUACCUGCUAGGUGCCUUUGACGCAGAUGCAGCCAAACACCACGGUCAUGGCAAAGACCACCACACAUACGGCUUUUUGGAUAUGGGAGGCGCAUCUGCCCAGAUUGCCUUCGCUCCCAAUGCCACAGAAGCCGAAAAACACGCCGAAGACUUGAAGCUGCUGCGCAUGCGCAAGGUCAAUGGUGAUCCUCUCGAAUACAAGGUCUUUGUUACCACCUGGCUGGGCUAUGGUGUCAAUGAGGCUCGCAGACGCUACAUCGACUCGCUCCUAACAGCAAGCCCUGGAAUCGCUGAGCUGCCUGAUCCGUGUCUUCCUACUGGUCUGGAAGUCACAAAAUCGGGACAUGCGAUUGGACCUGGCUCUCAUGAGGCGGCUGGGAAAGAGACAUACCUGCUGGGAACAGGCAAAUUCCCCGAGUGUCUCUCAAAGACAUUCCCCUUGCUGGACAAGGAUGCGCCAUGUCUGGAUCCUCCAUGUUUGCUACACGGUGUUCACGUUCCUGCCAUCGACUUUGACGUCAACCACUUCGUCGGUGUUUCCGAAUACUGGCACACCACCCAUGAAAUCUUCGAAAUGGCGCACAAGGACAAAGCAUACGACUUCAACACCUAUCAACAACGAGUUUUGGAAUUCUGCAGUCAAGACUGGAAGUCGAUACAAAAAGGCGUCAAAGAAGAGAAAUGGGGUCACAAAGUUACAGAAGAGAAGGUCGCUGAGGUAUGCUUCAAGGCCAGUUGGUUGAUAAACAUGUUACACGAUGGCAUUGGUAUUCCAAGAGUUGGCCUGGAAGCUACAAAAGGUGGACACAACGGUACAAAGGCUGUGAUAGAUGGUGCGAAAGAGAAGGGCUUCCUCGAUCCGUUCCAGGCAGUCAACAAGAUCAAUGAUGUGGAAGUUAGCUGGACACUCGGAAAGAUGGUCUUGUAUGCUGCUUCACAAGUCCCUGGCCCGGAUGACAAGGCUUUGGCAGUUGGCUUCGGUAGUAACGUCGCUGGACCCAACCUUCCCAAGGACUUCCAACAUGCAGGUGGUAGCUCCAUCCCUCUGCCAAGCGACCUCAAAGACGACGACGUUGACUGGCACGACAAACUCUUCACCUCCAGCUCUUCUCGCCGACUUCCUGGUUUCCUCCUAUUCCUACUAAUCCUCCUCGUCGCCGCAUUUCUCCUCUGCGGCCGUGACAGACGCAGUUCUCUCCUACGCAAAGCAGGCUUCUCACCCGGCAAAGGCAACAAACGUAAGAACGCCGUAACCAACGGCCUGGGUAAACUGUUCGGCAACAACAACUCCGGUCCAUUAUACGAACGCGUUCUGGAAGGCGGCAUCGGUCCCGACCCCUCGGACUUCGAACUCGACGACAUGAACGACUCAGACUCGGAAAACAGCAACGGCCAUACCUCCGGCUGGGCAACACCCAAAGCAAACAACAAUGGCUUCAGCAGCCCCGUCUUACAUUCUUCCCCUCGCUCCGCACGUGUGAACCUGUACAACGCAAACGCACAACAUCCUCCACCCCAACCCAUGGCUGGAUACUUUGACGGCCCUCCCAAUCAUGCCAGUAGUACUCAUUCUUUGGCCACAACGCCUGGACUGCAAUUACCUGGUGGUAGGGGAGGAUUGCUCGCUAGAACGGAGAGUAGGGAGCAAUUGGCUACUGCAACAUUGAGAUCGGGGAGUAGAAGUCGGGCUGCCAGUCCUAGUAGGAUAAGGAGUCCGUUUAUCGCUCCUUUGAGAGAAGGGAUUGAGUAAAUGAGACUUGAAAUUUGCAGUGUUUUGGGAUAUGGUGUUUUCAGGACAUGAUCGGGCUGGGGUUCUUUCCUUCUCUCACGAGAUUUCGGGGUCUUCAUUGUUUUAGCGAUGGUGUUUUUCAUGGGGUUCCUUUCUUUUCAUC